CAAGAAAGAAAGGAAAGAAGCUCUUAGUUUGUUGGGUUAGUCAAGAAGAUUUUAAGCUAAGAUAAGUUCAUCAAGUCAAGGCAAUGAUUUGAUGGAAGAAAGGAGCGAGAAAGCGAGUAUUUGAGAAGAGAUGGUCAAGUACUCGGAAGAAGAAAAGGAAGGAGGUGAGGGCAUCCGACAUGGCGAAAAAAGAGGUGGGGGGCAGACAAAGCACUAUCUUUUUGAGCAAUGUGGAGGAAUAUAACAGCAUGAAAGAUCUUGAAGACCAGAAAAAUUGUGGCUCUCGAUGGUUUGCCUCUUGCUUAUGUGGCAUUCCCCACCUUUGUUUAAACCCACCCCAACACCCAUGGCCGCGUUCUCCCCUCGAUUAGAACCAGCAACAGAAUCCUGAGAGACUGUCACCGAGGCAAACAAGCCAGGGAGAGAAUCAUUGGUUAAAGUAGAUAGGCUGCUGUGUUUAGAAAUAUGUCUAAACUCAACGACUCUUCUGUUAUAAAGCUGUUUGGCAAGACGAUUCCAUUGCCAACAUUGAACCAGGAGGAAGCUUUAGCUGAUCAGGAGAUACCCUUUAAAGGAGCUGCUAGGGAGGACUGCUGUGAUGGAAAUCUUGUUUCUUCAUCCAGUUCUUUAGGUGGAGUGAAUUCUAAUGAUGGGAUUCAGGCUCAGGUUACCAGGGAGGACCAGGAAUCUACACAGAAAGAACUCCCCAAGGAUAAACAGAAAGACAGCACACCAGAUCAGAUCAGAGAUGAUUUAAAAGAUCCUACUGCAUUGUCGCGCAAUGAUAGGAGUCCUUUAGCUGAAAGAAACACUUCAUCGCUUAAAAGCUCUAAGAACGAAGGAACAAGUGAGACAACUUCCUCGCAGGAAAAGACUUUGAAGAAGCCUGAUAAGAUACUUCCAUGUCCCCGAUGUAAUAGCAAGGAAACCAAGUUUUGCUAUUAUAACAAUUACAAUGUGAACCAACCCCGUCAUUUCUGCAAAAACUGUCAAAGAUACUGGACUGCUGGAGGAACCAUGAGGAACGUGCCUGUUGGUGCGGGUCGCCGCAAAACCAAGAGCUCUUCUACUCUGCAUUACCAUCAUAUCAUGAUUUCCGAGGCUAUCCGAGCAGCUAAAGCAAGUGCUGCAAAUGGAAUGCACGGAAACCCCUCUUGUGAAAACAAUAAUGGCCAUGUCCUUUCAUUUGGCUCAGAGUCUUCUAUACCUGUAGCUUCAGUAUUCAAUCUUUCAGGAAAAACACAGAUUAAUGUUCAGAAUGGGUUUCGCAAAACUGAGCAAAGGUAUCUUGUUGAGGAUAAUCACUCGCGUGAAUCUUUGAUUACUGCUUCUUAUUCCUUAGAGAAGGAAGGCAACGCUAGUUUAAAUCAAGCAGAGGUUAAGAAUAGUCACUGGUUUACUUCUACAGCACCCUGUUUCUCUAGGCCUUCUUGGCCUUAUCCAUGGGACUCAAUCCCUGCAAUGCUUCCACAUCCACCGGCUCUCUGCCCUCCAGGUUUGCCAGUAACCUUCCAUCUGGCACCACCGACAUAUAGCGGUUGUAGUGUACCAAGCCCUUGGGAUGUUCCAGUUACCUCCCCAUCACCUUCUUCUGCUAACCAAUGCGCUCCAAGCUCUAGCCCAACUUCUCCAACUCUGGGGAAACAUUCCAGGGAUGAGAACUUUCUCAGUCCAGCCAACUUGGAGAAAGAAAAGCCCUCAGGAGAGAGUAAUAAAUCGGAAGGAAGAGCUUUGAUUUCAAAAACUUUGAGAAUAGAUGAUCCUGGUCAGACUGCAAAAAGCUCAAUGCUGGCAACACUUGUGAUUGAAGGCAAGAAGACCAAUUCUAUCAAUUCAGGAGGUCUAUUUGAUGGCUUUCAAUCAAAAAGCAGGGAUGAAAAAAAUUACAGACUAGAAACAUUCCCAGUGUUGCGAGCCAACCCUGCAGCCUUGUCUCGGUCUCUCAACUUCCAUGAGAAUACAUGAAAGAGAGAUGAUGCCAGUAGCAUACUCUAUACGUUAUGUCAGAAAUGGAUCCAGUGAGCUCACAUCAUGCAACCACUUUGCAGUUGACAGAUUUUUUUCCACCUUCAACCAUAUAUAAGGUUAUCUUGCUAGGCAACCUCGGUGAAGCAAUCCAAUGUAGUGGAAGAAUAUGACAAGCUAAUCAUAUAAAAAAAAGGGGAGGGGGCUAACAUUCAAGUUAUCUACUUCCACCUAACCUAUCCCUGACUAUCUCAUUUAGCUAUCUUUUAUAUCUGCUUUGACAAUGUACCUUUACCACGAAUGGUCAGGCAGGUUUCCAUGUAGAAAAUUUCAUGAGGGACUGUGAUAUAUAUAGCUUGAAAGCUCUGAGAGAUACUUGGAUGGUGCAACUUUCAGAGAUGUCCUGAAAUGAAGUCUUAAAUUAAUCAUAAUCUGUAACUAAUUUUCAUCACUUUUCACUCUUGUACAGUUUUACUUCACCAGCAAUAUUCAGUUUUCCAAUCCUGUACUCAUCUAUCCUUUUUCUACUGCAAUAAAUAUCUUACUUGUCCUUCUAGGAGGCUCUCAA